AUCAGAACCCACGCGACCAGACAUCAUUACUAUUGAUUGUGGGAAAAAAACACAGAGAUAGCAUCUUUUUGUAUCUUAAUCAUGAUCUUGUGUUCUUCGGUCUUGAAAUGGGCAAAGUCUCUAGCUAGCCGUCAACAAUUAUCGCAGUCAUGAGUAUCACGACGGAACAGCUAUAGACUUCAGCUUUCAACGCUGUCUGUUCCACUUGGACUGCCAUGUCGCUAAAACCAGACAAAUCCGAUGACAAUCGACUCUCCCCCGAGCCAUGGAAGUCGUCAGAUCCUUGGGGCUCGAAGCAGCUCAAAGCCCCAGGGGCAUAUCCAGCGUCGCCAUUCUCUCAAGAUGCUCAAAUCUCGGCGCCUCAAUCAUUAUCAGCUGCCGUGAGGGCUCGGAAAAGCGAGUAUGUACGGAAAAAGACCAUGAAGAUCAAAAUUGGGACCUGGAAUGUUGCCUCGAUCAGUGGCACUGAGAAGGACUUGGGUGCGUGGUUCGUUGGAGGGUACGGAAUGAGGGGUCUCUCGCAAAAUAUGAGUGGCCUCUCUGUGGACGAUGAAGCCGACUCCGAUGGCGACCAAAACAUCGAGUCGAUCGAAGCUCAAGAAGCACGCGUCAGAACAACGAAAAAGAAGACCACCGUCCCCAAGAAUGAUGUCCCGGGAGAGCCCAGCGGCGACCAAAUCGACCUUUAUGUCUUAGGCCUGCAGGAGGUCAUUGACGUAUCUUCGAUGACUGAAGCCAUCAAGCCGUACACUGAUCCCAAUCCUGGGAAAAAGUGGAAGCGGGCGCUGAAACGUGCUCUGCCGCCUGGGUAUAAGAAGAUCGCAGAAGAGCAGCUUCUUGGACUGCUUCUUCUGAUCUACGCUUCUCCGGAGCUCGCUCCAAGCAUCGGCUCGGUGAGCACGACGUCUGUUGGAACCGGUUUGAUGGGUUAUCUCGGCAACAAAGGUGCCGUCUCAGCCAGACUCAUGAUUGCUGAAACGACCCGAUUGUGCUUUGUUAACUGCCAUCUCGCUGCUGGAGCCGAUCAAACCGCCCUGAAUCGUCGAAUUUGGGACACAACCCAGAUAUUGAAUCGCACCCGAUUUGCGCCUGUCAGUCCGGACGGAGAAAUAGUGGAAAGUGGAGAGGAAAGUAUCGGCGAUGAGGAUUUCGCAUUCUGGUUUGGCGACUUGAAUUAUCGCUUAGAUGAUAUCCCUGGAGAGGACGUUCGGAGACUGUUGCUGCUGCACACUCGAAAUGAAUACGACCUCGAGAAUAAGUCGAAGCGACGCAUCGAUAGCGAGCUGGGCUAUGUCAGCCCUCCUUCCAGUGACGCGGUAAAUCAUCAAAAAACUCACUACGAAUACAGUGAUGCUGAACGACCGGCCACUGCCAGUGAGGCAGAGCCACCCUUAGAUCCCAAGUCGGAUCCAGCAUCACUGCAAACUACUAUUGAGUCGCUCUUAGCACAUGACCAGCUGCGGCGUCAACAAAGGCUUCGAAAAGCCUUUCAUGAAGGCUGGCGAGAGGGAGAAAUCAAUUUUCUGCCCACCUAUAAAUACGACGUUGGGAGUGUGGGCAUGUUUGAUUCAGGAGAGAAGAAGCGGAGCCCAAGUUGGUGUGACAGGAUUCUCUACAGAACCCGACGAGACAAGCAAAUGUAUGAGGAGAAGAUGAAACAGCUUGAGGAAGCCCGCAAGAAAGACGAAUCCUUGAAAGCUCGUGGAAUUGACCAGGCAACCGCGGAGCACGAUGUUCUGUUUGACUACGACCCAGAUACCGACGGCCUGGCCUAUGGCGACGACUACGACGAGUAUGAUGAGCAGGAAGAUGCCUGUCAUGACGCAGAACUGGUUCGGACGCACGAAGACUAUGGCGACAUCAUCCAGCUUAACAAUUAUAUCUCGCAUCAAAGAGUCUUGUCGUCAGACCACAAACCCUUGGAUGCCGUAUUCACCUUGACAUAUGAUGCAGUCAUCCCGGAAUUGAAGGCGAAAGUGCACCAGGAAGUCGCUCGGGAGCUCGAUAAAGCAGAGAAUGAAGGCCGACCUGCAUUAACAGUGGUAGUGGAAAGCCACCAAUCUGACGAGCCAAUAUCAAACGCUGACGGUGCGGCAGACAUGAAUGCCGUAAACUUCGGCGAGGUGCGCUACGCCGUCAGAAAGAUCCGGAUAAUAACCAUUGCGAAUACCGGGCAAAUUGCAGCGUCAUUUUCCUUCGUCGAGCGGCCGGCAGGGUCCGGGGAAGAAUCAUUGGUCGCACCGCGAUGGCUGGAGGUGAAGGCUGAUCCAGAUAUAAUGCGACAGCCCGAGAAAGGACGCAGCAAUGUGACAAGCCCAAUGACUCUAUCUCCUGGUGAAACAACCAGCAUCGAGUUGGCGGUCGAAAUUACUGAAGGCAAGCUGGUACAGGAGUUGAACAACGGGGAGACCAAGCUUGAAGAUAUCCUAGUGCUUAGAAUUGAACAUGGCAGGGAUCAUUUCAUUCCCAUCAAAGGCACCUGGUUACAAUCAGCAUUCUUCCGCAGUCUCGAGGAAUUAGUGCAGGCUCCAGAUGGUGGUGUCCGUAUGCUCCAAAGCACAGAGUCUGCAGAAUGCAGGGGUAAAGGUUCUAUGAAUCAUCAUUCUGCACCUAAGGAGUUAUAUGCUCUUACCGAGAUUCUUCCUGUUUAUCUCGAACGGUCGACGGCGGAAUGGGGUAUGAUCCAUGAUGGAGAGACUCCACCAUGGCAAUACGAAACAGAGGGGAUUUCCUGGCCAUUCAGUCGAGAUACCUGGACCUUUCACGAAGGCGAAGAGCGCUCGGAUCUAUUGGCAGGUAUCCGUGAAGCAAUGGACACAGCAAGGCCGCUGGACGCCAACUUUGACCCUGAUGUCCCAUGCAUCGUCAAGCUGGAAGUGCUUGCCGAGACAUUCGUGAAGUUUCUUCAAUCUUUGCGCGACGGUAUAAUCCCUGCCGAAACGUGGUCGGAGGUCGAAUAUCGAAUGAUAACAAUGGAAAAGGGCAAAGUCGAGCCUAGUCGGGAAGGUAUCCAGGACAUGGUCAUGGACCCCUUGUCUCAACAUCCCAUCCGCAGUGUGUCUUUCACAUUUAUCACAUUUCUCUUGACGAGGAUGAUCAACGAACUUGUGCCGCAUGGAGCUCCAGCCUCCGGCUCAAGUCUGGAAGCGGCUUCACCAAAUACUUCAAGGCGUUCGAGGGCCUCAACUAUGUCCAGUGAGACGGGGACAGAGCCUUCGGUAUAUGCUGAAGAAGCUCCUCCCAAGAGAAGCCUUUUCUCUGCACUACGUCGUCGACCAACGCAGAGUAAUACGUCGUCAUCGGGGAGCACGGCAGAAUUCGACACUGCUGAAUCUGAAAGACGAAAAGGGUUGGUCAACGCGUACACCGAUAUAUUCGCACCCAUUGUCAUCCGGGCCGAGAAUGAUGACAAAGUCAAAGGCAAGGACAAGAAGGCCCUGGAGGCACGCAAGAAAAAGGUCCUGGAGGCUUUUCUCGACAACAGGCAGCCUUAGCUGGGCAGUCCGAUGCGCUUGGAUUUAGGCCUUGCCCCGGAGAAUCCGCCCUUGGCUUCCUGGGAGGGGCAGAAGAAGCAACGGCUUUCGGUACUACAGGGCACGAUUCCCACGGGCAGACCACAAUGGAGAAGGAGGUUUGUUCGGCGGAGAGUGGAACGCUGGAGAACUGAACAGACCCAUGUAAGCGAAGCUCGAGGGUUCGAUCCAAGCGAGGAGUCUUGCAGCGAGCUACAAAGGCUUGGAUAGUAUGUAUCGAUUGCUGACCAGGCUGAACAUCCGGGGAGAAGAAGUUUGGUAAGACGACUGAUGCCCAUACUGCUCGUAAGAACAACGAAGAAUAUCCACCCUGGUCAACCUGAAUAAUACCUGUAGACACCUAGGUAUUCUCACAAUCGAAAUUGCU